GGCUCGGCCAGCAACUUGCAGUUGCUUGUGCCAUGCUCUGCAUCUCCUUCGCGUGCGGGAGUUGCUCACUUGCAGAUACCUGCAAGCACCAGACUCAUUCCACGGAGCUGAUUGAGACAGCAGUUCCGGAUGGACCGAAUGGGCGCGAGAAGCUUGUUUCAUUUCUCGAGGAUGUAGAGACAUUCCCAAUUGCAGAGUUUUCUACUAGGGCACCUUUCAGCUCGAGGCACAAUAGCACGCGGGCCAAAGGCGUGGGCAUGUCCACGUCCAAGACGGACCUCAUUGUCCAACUGCAGCGCAGAAAACAAACGCAAACAAAAGUGAGGCUGCUGAAGUUCCUUGAGAACAAUGGCUUCAAGAACAAUUUCAAGAACAGCUUCAACAUCAACUGCAGGAGGGCUUCUUGUUUCGGGCUCUGGUACACAUACCCUUUGCAUGAGGCUUGCAAGCAAAAGAAUGCGGACAUGGUCGCGUCGCUGAUGCGGUUCGGAGCUGACCCAUGGCUCACGGAUUCCAGGGGUUUGACCGCUUGGGACGUGGCACCUUUCAAGGUUCGCCAGCGGCUAGAGGCCGCUGCGAUGUCUUGGCAAGUGAGAGGCUUCGACUCUUUUUUCAGGAGCCUUGAGCUUGAUCCUUUGGUCAGGAAAACCAUGUAGCACAUGGUACGUCGUUUGACGCUGCAUGCUCCUAGGGCAAGUUGUAACGAGCUCGCUCGAGCUCAAACCCAUGAAGAUGCUUUGCUUCAGGAUGCCUGAUUUCCGGUUGCCCUGCGACAUUGUGGCUGAGACUGAGAGCGGCUAGCGGGCUGAAAGCUCAAAAGCGGCUGAGACUGAGAGCGGUGAUUUCGCCGAUCAGUUUCAUGUUUCAACCGGUUCCCAUCCCUCAGGGGUGUGUGUGUGUGUGUGUC